AUGGCUUCUGCUUCAUCUUUUGCCCCUGCCCUUCCCUCAAGACCAACACUCAAACCAAGGACACUGAAAAGCUGUACUGGAUUCAUUAUGUGUCCCCAUUCUACAACUAGUAAACUCCGUUCUGUUAAAGCCAAGGCUGCAGCAAAUAAUGGAAACACAAAGCCAAAAAGUGUUAUCUGGCAGAUUGUGAUGAAAUGUGCAGUUAUUGCUCUCAAUGCAAGAGGGAAAAAGGAUAGCUGUGUGAACUGCAAUGGAGCUGGCUUCGUUGGUGGUUUUAUGAGUACUUUUGAUGAGUGA